AAUAAUUAUUUUGAAUUUACAAAAGGUUUAUUUUGAUCACUAAUAAUUCCAAGAAGUUGAAGUAAUGUCUUGGAAAGUUAAAACCUUACUAAAACCAACAUAUCUUUGAAAAAGAAAAAGAAAAUAAUGAACAUUAUAUUACAUUAAGAAAAAGAAAAAAAAAAAAGAAAAAAAAAGAGAGGAAAAAGACAAUAGGAGAAAGAGGGUACAAGAAAAUGGUUCCCCUGUUUUAUAUUGUAGAGAGGAUUAGCAGCCCAUAGAAUCAAAUAGAAAUUCAAAAUUCCCAACUAGCCUUUUCUUGCUUGGCACUCUCCAACCUCUCUCCACAGCGCCAAAGCCAUGGGUGUGAAGCGCAAGCAAGAAGACCCUCCACCAUCCUCUGCCAGUGUAGAAACAGUAGAAGAAAUAAUGAAACUCUACAAGUCCCUGCCGCCAAGACCCUCCAUUGAAGAGGUUGAAGCAGCCCAGUCUGUGCUCAAAACAGUCAACAGUGAGGAGGAAAAGAAGCUUGAGGAGAUAUCAAAGCAAGAGAAGCCCGAAAAUGUCCCUGAAGAGCUCUUCUCUGUGUUGCAGGAGGUGAAGAAAACUAUGGUUUUGUUUCAGAGCCAGGACCAGAGGAAAGAGGCUGUUCAUGUGGUUGAGAUGGAGGGUUUGUUUCAGACCUUUGAUGAUCUUAUCCAGACAGCUUCUGGGUUGGUUUCUGGUGAUACUCAGGUUCAGAAACAUGUUAAUUUAGAGGACCCAGUUGAGAAAAUUGGGAGAGAAACUGUGAUCAGUGAUGAAAGUUUGACGAUGAAGAAGGAAGAUAAGGAAUCAGAGAGAGAUGGGUUUAAGGGUGUGGUGAGAAGUGCUUCCACUUUGUCUUCAGGUGCAGUGGACUCUGAGAAAAUGAGUCUAAUGAAGGUGGCAGCUGUCAUUGAAAACACUGCUAAAAGUGGUGCAGUAGUUCUUGAUCUUAAAGGGAAGUUGGAAGAUAAAGUGGAGUGGCUUCCUGUAUCGCUUGGGAAACUAUCAGAAGUCACUGAACUGGACUUCUCUGAAAACCGGAUCAUGGCCCUUCCGCCCACGAUGGGUGGCCUUAAAGCCUUAACAAAGCUUGACAUUCACUCAAACCAGCUUAUAAACCUUCCAGAGUCGUUUGGUGAGUUGAGCAAUCUCACUGAUCUUGAUCUCCAUGCAAACCUGUUGAGGUCUCUGCCAGCUUCAUUUGGGAACUUGAUUAACCUCAUUACCCUUGAUUUGAGUUUAAAUCAGUUCACACAUUUGCCUGAUGUAAUUGGGAAAUUGGCCAGUUUGAAGAUAUUGAAUGCUGAAACAAAUGAGCUCGAGGAAUUGCCUUACACGAUUGGAUCCUGCACAUCACUUGUGGAGCUACAUUUGGAUUUCAAUCAGCUAAGAGCUCUGCCAGAGGCAAUUGGAAAGCUGGAAAGCUUAGAGGUUCUUACACUUCACUACAACAGAAUUAAAGGGUUGCCAACAACUGUUGGGAAUCUUAACAAUCUGAAGGAGCUUGAUGUCAGCUUCAACGAAAUAGAAUCCAUACCUGAAAACUUGUGCUUUGCAGUGAGCUUAAAAAUCCUGAUUCUGGCAAACAAUUUUGCAGACUUAAGAGCCUUGCCACGAUCAAUCGGAAAUCUUGAGAUGCUUGAAGAGUUGGAUAUCAGUGAUGAUCAGAUUAGAACUUUACCACACUCCUUCAGACUUUUGUCAAAACUGAGAGUCUUUCGUGCUGACGAGACACCUUUGGAAGUUCCACCAAAAGAAGUUAUAAAAAUGGGUGCCCAGGCAGUUGUACAGUACAUGGCAGAUUAUGUUGCCAAGAGAGAGAAUGCUACAUUUCAACCAUUGAAGAAGAAGAAGAAGAAGGGACUUUGGUUCUGGUUUUGCUCAAAACUUUGCUCCAUUUGUAGAAAUUCAACCAAGAACAAACCUGUACUAGUUUGAAACCUUGCUUACAUUUUUUUCCUCUGAAGAAAUUGUGCCACAGUAACGGCCUAUUGUCCAUAUUUAUUCGAGUGAGACCAAAAACUUUUCUACUUGUAGAGUGGAUUUGCUUGGGUCUAGUGGGUUGAGAGAGAAAAUGUAACAAAACAUCAUAGCCCUAUUAUAUUAUAUGUGCAGAUAAUAAAUUAAUAACUCCUACUCUUUGAGAUAAUUUUUGUUGAU